CUUGUUCAGUCCCUUCUGGGACAAGUGGCGGGAUUAAAAGCACAACUUGAAGCAGAAAAGAACCAAGUGAAACAUUUGCAAAUUGCUCUUAAGGAGCAGCUCCUUGCGGAUACUGUCAGUGAGGAAAUUCCUCCAAGAUCAAAAAUUGGCUACCCCUUUAAGGACCUGCAGGCAGCAAAAGAGAGAGUGGAGAAGUUGGAGCUGCCUUCAUUGCGGCCCUUAGUCAAAACUGAAUAUAUUUAUGAUGACGAGCAGGACCAGUUCCCCCAAGUUACAACUAAAGAGGUUCCCUAUACUGCCACUGAGUUGGCGAAACUAAAAAAGGAAUUUGGCCGAACCCCUAAGGAGUCAGAAACGGAGUAUGUGUGGAGAGUAUCGUUGUCGGGGGGUGACCAGAUUCUGUUAAGUGAAAAGGAGGCAGAAGGGUAUUGGGGACCAGGAGUGUUUUUAACUACUGGGAAUCACCGUGCCCCCUGGUCUUUAACCCAACGGGCAGCCUAUUGGGCGGGGGGUUUGAACCCCUUGGAGAGGGGGGAUCCCCUCGCGAUUACGGGGACUGUUGAUGAAUUAGUGGAGAGAGUGCAAAAGGCAGCUUGUCUGCAAAUGAUGUAUGAUCGAAAAUUGGAGCCUACACAGGAGUCCCCGAUGAUGAUGUCGGUGGAUCCUGAGCGAAUGACUCCCCUUAUACGGGGACUUCCUGAUUCUCUGAAACUGAUUGGUAUACAAUUACAAGGAAAGAUACAGGCGAUGCCCCAGGGCAAGAGUGUUGCGGCUGCUUUAGGAGGAUUCUCGCCUGAUCGGCACUGCCGACCCCCAGAUAAGAAAAUGUGGACUUGGGGAGAAAUGGCCCAGGAAUUAAUUAAUUGCGGGCGCAAGUAUGGUCCCGUUAACCCUCCAGCCACCAAAACAGACUCCAGGGGCUUGAGGUGGGCUGAAGUAAAAAUAGUUCCAUGCCCUGGGAGUGAUAAGAGAACACCCCUUGCUAAACCGCUGGCGGGGAGAGAUAUCCCGAACAAACGUAAUAGACUGUGGGCACAAGGAUACCAGAAGGGGAUCCCGCGUGACUUAAUGGACGGGAUGCCCACAGACAAAUUGGAAAAAUUGGUAACAGGGUGGCCUGAUGAAGGGAAUGGACUGGUUGUUAAGGUAUAUGAUGAUCUCAAUCGAUAUCGGCGUUCCAUUGAUACCUCUAUAGCAGGUGGGAGUGGUCAAACCUGGGGCAAAGACGAGUGGACCCCUCAACGUAUCAUACAACAUUAUGGACGUGCCACCUGGAACCCCAAGGAGUGGGUUAGCGGUGCUUGA